AUGCUGACUGGCUUCUCUGAAGACCUCCAAGCCAUCAGCAAAUCUAGAAAAACUACCAUCAUCAACGGCAAGCUCAAAAGGCUUCAUGUGAACAUUGCCACUCUACAGGAAACACAUCUGGCUGACUCUGGAUCACUAAAGAAGAAGGACUGCACAUUCUUCUGGCAGGGGAAGAGCUCCAAUGAACUAUGCCAACACAGAGUGGGCUUCACAGUGAAGAACAGCCUGCUGAAUAUGGUAGAACCAGGUAGCAAUGGUUCCAAGAGACUCCUUACUCUCCACCUCAAAACAACCGCAGGCCCUGUCAUCCUCGUCAGCAUGUAUACCUCGACACACUCCGCCACACCGGAUACCAUGGACAAAUUUUAUGACAAGCUGGCAACCACCAUCAGCAGUAUCCUCAGAAAGGAUAAACUUGUUAUCCUAGGCAACUUCAACACAGGAGUGGGUGCUGAUCAUGACUCUUCACACCUUGGACAGUUUGGUGUUGACAAGAUGAAUGACAAUGGCCAGAGACUGCUCGAGCUAUGCACUUACCACAACUUUUGCAUAGCCAACUCCUUCUUUAGGACAAAGACACAGCACAAGGUCUGCUGGAGACAUCCAUGCUCAAAGCACUGGCACCAGCUGGAUCUCAUACUGGUUAGACGAGCCAUCAUUAAGAAUGUCCUUCACACAUGUUCUUACUACAGCGCGGACUGUGGUACAUACCACUCCUUGGUGUGCUGGAAGAUCAAGCUCCAGCCCAAGAGGUUCCAUUGUGGCAAGAAGCUGGAAAUGCUCACAUAG